ACCGGUCGCCCUUGCUCGAUGGGUCGUCCGGCUGAUACGGUGCUCGAUGCACACUCUGGUUUCGUGCCCCGCGCCGCCGACGACUCACACAGCCUGUCACCACGGUCCACCGCAAGUCAGAGGGGAUGGAGCCCGCCAGCCUGCUGCACGCCGCCGCCUCGCUGUUCCUGGCCGCCCUCAACCUCACCUCUCCUCCUCCUCCCAGCAGCGAACCACCGGCCGACCCGGCGGUCUACGCCACCGUGACGGACGGAUGCAGGGAUUACGGCUUGACGUGCGAGACGCACGUGGUGGAGACUGAGGACGGCUACCAGCUUACAGCUCACCGCGUGCCAGUUCCGCCGGGCGUUCCCCGCCGUGGGGCUCUGCUGGCCGUUUCAGGGCUCAUAGGUUGCUCUGACACCUUCCUCCUGCUCCACCCGGAGAGGUCGAUGCUGAAGCCUUUGUCCGAAGCGGGGUAUGACGUCAUGCUGGGAAACGUGCGAGGGUCCGCCUACGCGACGGGCCACGGGCGCAGCCAGCAGCAGAGCCUGCGCUUCAACCUGGACGACACGGGCGAGUACGACGUGGAGGCGCUGGUGGCGCUGACGCAGCGCGUGACGGGCGACGCGCGGCCCUUCUACCUGGGCUACAGCUCGGGCGGGGGCGCGCUCUACACGUGGCUGCAGCGCCGGCCACGUGCACACCACGUGCUCAGAGGCGCACUGCUCUGGACGCCCUCCGUCUUCUACACCGAGCCGCACAGCACCAUCCUCAAGAUUUACCAUCUCCUUCCGGAGCCCCUAGUGAGGGCGCUGUGGCAGGUGCCAGGUGACAUAUUGCCUCGCUCUCGCGCCACUGCGGACAUUGCAUGGCGAAUGUGCAGAUCUGGAUCACCCCUGAGGAAUUUCUGCGAAGCACUGUUUCAGCUCGGUGUUAACAUAAAUCUGGAUUCAACUGACAUGAAGCGGCUGCCUGAGAUCGUCUCGCACGUCAGCUGCGGCCUGCCCACCACCACGUACGCCCAUUACCUCCAGAACAUCAGGGCCAAGCGCCUGCAGGCGUUCGACUUUGGCCCGGAGGAGAACCUCAGGAAGUACGGCAGCGAGCGGCCGCCGGCCUACCACGUCGUCAACUCGACGCUGCCCACCGCCUUCUUCCUCGGGACGCUCGACCGGCUGGUCUCCUUUGAGGAAGGUAUGCGGCAGAUUCGAAUGAUUCCAAGCAACGUCAAGAAGAUGGUGGUACCGCUAGAGGGCUACGGCCAUUUCCACGUGCUGUUCGACAAGAACGUACACCGUCUCGUCCAUGACAAGAUGUUAAGCUUCAUGUCCGAGCUCUGAAAACAGGGUAGCAGCUGUUUACGGAUGAUCCAUGCCUUUCCUGCUUCGGUCUGGUUUGGUUUCCACCACUUACUGCAUAAAUAGUUAUUGUGAUGUGACGUGUUACUGUAGCACUGAAGCCAUAGACUGUGCGGCUGGUCCCGGCGAGGUUCGAGUCCUCCCUUGGGCAUGGGUGUGUGUUUGUCCUUAGGAUAAUUUAGGUUAAGUAGUGUGUAAGCUUAGCGACUGAUGACCUUAGCAGUUAAGUUCCAUAAGAUUUCACACACAUUUGAACAUUUCUUUUCUAGCACCGACUUUCAUUUGUAAUAAAUGUGUAUUAGUACAAUUUUGCAGAAUAUCAUGUUCAUGCAAUGUGCGACAGAGUCGAAUCAAAAGACAGAAAACUCUGGAUUUAAUGUGCCAUUGACUGCUGGGUAAUUAGAGAUCGGGAACAUAUUCUGUUUCGAGGAAAUUGAGAACGAUAUGGCCCGUCUGCUUUUUCAAGGGAGUCAUCACUGUAUUUGGCUCAAACUGCUUAGGAGGCCCACAGGAAAUCAAAACGUGAACUGCAGGACGAGGUAUGGUAUGACCACUACUCCCCCGUGGGUCAUAAGACAGCAAAUAUGAGACAAGACUUCAUGUGUAUUGAUAGACUGUUAAACAAUGGAGGCACGACACAUAAAUCACACUUGGAACCCUGCUGCUCCGAAUUUUUUCGAUGUUGUGAACCAUUCCGACCGUUGAUGAAACAAAUAGAUUCCUGAUAGAAUUCUGUUGCCAUAAAGGACCUUACUUUACUUGUACAUGAUUCUCUGUUUGAUGGUACCCCACUGAUUUUAUUGUCUGCUAGGUUUCCACCAACACCUGUUUGUUAAUAAAUUUUGUUGGGCUUCAGGCUGCUAAUAGUAGUUAGAUAACUUUAGGCGAAGGGCUUUCAGUCAUUGUCUAGUAGUGAAUGACUACCGUGUGUGAGUAUCUUGUGUUUUCACUCCAUGUUCAGUCAAUCAACUUUGGCCCUUUUUGUUUGACAUAUUCAGCAUGGUUAUGGAAAAACACAUUACAGUCUAAUGUUAUUACGAAAUAUUUUGUACCUGGUUUCCAGGUGAUUCCUGCAGUGUCGAUGGUUACGUUGUCUUUGCUUUUUCUGUGUUUAGCGUGGUUUUAUUCACCCUGCACCACUUGUCUGUCUUGUUAAUUUGGUUUUCGGGGCGAUUUACGUUGUUUUUGUGUUUAGGUUAAGAUGUAAAUAUAGCCACAUCAAUUGCAAGUUGUUUUAGAUAUCAGUGAAGCUCAAGCAGCAGUCAGUAACGAUGCAGUCAAUCUAUCUGCAUAACACAGUGUCACAAAUUUACCUCUAAUUUGUUACAAACACACACACACUGCAUAAUGUACUACCUCCCUGCCCUCCCCUCCCAUCGGAGUCUAGCAUUUUAGCAUGCAUGAAAAUGAAAGCCAAUGACAAUGUAGCUUAGUCUAGGCUGUCCUCAAAAAUUGUUUGUCCUGAAAUUACAUUAGCUGUAUUUCUAAAUCUGAAAUACGUCGUCAAAACACACACACUUCAAUGAAACGUACCUUGUGUGAAAUGAUCCGAUGUUAAAAAAGUAACCUCAACUGUAUUGUUGUUACUGACUUCUAAUAGUCGUUUACAGCUGGUUCACUGGUUCCAUUUGGAAGUUUCAUGGGAAAUAUGGCAUACAUCAUUCGCUAUAUAUGCAAGAUAUUUUCAAUAAAUAGUUAAAAACCACUGUUUGCUUAUGCAGCGUAAUUAAUGAAUUAGUAACAUGUACUUUCUGGAUAUGAGUUUUACUCUAAAUAAUGUUUUUAAAAACUUCAAAAACGCGAAAUAAAAUCGACUUAAGUUGCUAGUCAUCACCAACAGAUGUCUGUACUUGCAAACAUCUAAUGUUCGAUCGCUGUUCCACAGAUUGCUAUGCUAGCACAAUGUACCUUCAAAUUAGUUAUGGCGACUAUAAUUCUUGUCAAAUUUUGCAUUGUUAUAAGUCUAAAAUAUCAUCAAAAGUAGAUCAGUGAUGCAAAAACUGCGACGUUUGUCUUGAAUCUCACAAUGUUUACAUCAAGCACAACAGCAUUUAUGUGAAAUAUCACGAUGUUAUCUUUCACUUAUGCACAUACAAAUUCGUCAAACUGGCCCUAAAACAUGAUUAUGAAUUAAAGUAUGUUAUUUACACAAUAUAAACACGUUUGUUUAAAAGGAAAUCACUUGCAGAUGACAUUUAAAAUUGGGUCUCAAUGACCUAACCAAAUCCAACCAAAGUACUAGCAAACAUGCAAACAAGGAGGCACUUUGAUUGUAAUUAUUCAGACCCAUUCUUCAUGUAUAACACUCAUAUUAAACAAUUAGGUGUUACAAUGAUAUCUAAGUACUGAGGAGUGUUGAUGCUGAUGCUGUGUACUUACAUAACCUAACGUUUUUAUGGCUCUUUUUCAUCACUAAUUUAGGAGUAGGAGAAGAUAAUGAAUCGUUAGAAAACUAGAAAUCAUGGGCGUUUAUUAGAAAUGGUUAGGCUAUUCAUUGUUAAGCAGGAAAUGAACUGCUGCAAUUUUAACCAAAUGGAACUAUGCUGUCAAGACUGUAUUUUAUAUAAUCAACCAUUAAAUAAAAUCAACAAGUAAUAAAAACACGUGAUGUAAAACCCUGUGAGCGCAUGCACAUGCACACACACACACACACACACACACACACACACACACACACACACACACACUGGAAGUUUCUCAUUGUAAUACGCAAGUUUAAUUAUAGAUCUCCACCAAAAUUCGAACUGUGGAUAGAAAUUACACUGUUUUAUUUCUCAAAAUAUGUACUAUUUUGCACACUUUGGAAGCACAAUUGACCUUCAAGUAAAAUAUUUCCACAUAUAUAUUAUCUGUAUUGCUUGCAAAAAUACACAGAGCUUACAUAUUGGCAAUACUGAUAAAAACGAUUACGUUAAGCAGUAAGAAAGGAGAGAUUACUUUAUCUUGCUUUUCAGUUCCUAUGAACCUUCAGAUUAAAUAUUUUCAUGUAUAAGUUCCCCACAUAAUUUAUCAAAGUGCAUGCAGCUCCCUUACUGAUAUUACUUACAUAAAUUAUAGGUUAUUAGAGAGUGUAGUUCGAUUUUUGUAUCUCAUAUUAAAUUCAUCUAAACACAUUAAAACUGAUUUCAAAGCAAACACAUGAAUACUGUUGCAGGAGUAACUUUCUGUUUAGCUCUCCAUUAAAUGCACUGUGGAAUGUGAGUCCCUGGUUUUAACUUUCAAUCAUCAGUGAAUUAGAAAGUAAAGAUUUCCGUUUGCAACUUUUUCUAUGUUUACCUCCAUCUUUAACAAACCGCUGGCAAUUAUUGAAGACAGUCAUUAUUGUCUCAAGCAGCAAAGCCCAUGAACUGAUGUGUGUCUGUUUAUGUGUGCAUUCUUGUAAAGUUUGUUCAGUAUCAGUUCUUUACAAUGUAUUGCAAGGCAGUUUUUUUUCCUGGUCAUAUUACAAAAUACAAACAAUAAAGUUUAUAAAAGUUGUUUAUUCAUUUCCUUAUUUAGAAAAUUUAUUCAUCCUGAUGAUCACACAAUUAUGAAUCUUUUUAUUUACCAACAAU